AUGCCUGCUUGGCCAGGCAGCCCGGACCACUAUCCUCUACACAUCGCUCCUGCUUACAUUCAACCAGCCGUGAAAUGUGAUGACACACAACCCGAAAUUGGGCCAUUGCCAAUAGCUGAUAACCCUCUAGUUGUUCCUGAAGCCCCAGUUUUGGCAGCGGUUCCGAUUCCCCAGUUCCCAGCACCUGUGAUUGUUGGAACACAUUCACUCAUCGCCGAACCAUGCGAGCCCGCUUUAGGACCAGAAACGACAGCUAUGGACAUUCCUGCAGCGAACGCACUUCCAGUCAUAAUGCCUCUUUACCCCGAAAUUCCCCAACCUGAACCUUGUUUGGAUGAAGUAGUUGCGAUCCCGCAACAGCCUAUGGUAGUACCACAGCCCCCUGAACUACUAGCAUUCGUGAUGCCUGAACUCCCAGCGAUUGAAGUACCCAUGCCUGAACCGUGUCUUGAAGACCAGCUAAUCCCUGUUCCGGAGUAUGUACCACCACCAAUGCCACUGCCGGUAGUUGAACCCGUUUUCGAACCUGAAAUACCUGUUCUGAACAUUCCUGUAGCACCAGCAUUACCCUCACUAGAAAUGCCCGUCUUGCCUGAGAUCGUAGAACCUGAACCCUGUGUACACGAAGAAAUUAUUCAAGAAAUUCAGCCAAUAAUACCACAAGCGCCUGAAUUGCCAGCUUUUGUGAUUCCUGAGUUGCCUGCCAGAGUUGAAGUUCCUCUGCCUGAGGCACCUACACCAAAGUAUAUUCCACUGCCAAUUCCGAUUGAAGAGCCGACCAUAGCCGCUAUACCAGAACCUGUAAUACCAGAACUGCCCACAGUCGCAAUGCCUGUUUUACCAAAGAUCGUGGCACUCCCAGAACCAUGCCUUGACGAAAUAGUGGUCCCUGAAGUCAAUUACCUGCCCAUCGAAGUUCCAUAA